AUGGCUUCUCUUCUUAACCCUGGCCAGCACGGCCUUAACUUUUCGCGAUCAUCCACCGCCGCGCCAUUGACCAAGUCCGAUUCGGCCCUUGGAAAGGUCUUUUCGAUCAUCGACUUGGCCCGCCUUCCAUUGCUUCAGGAGGCUGACCGCACCACCGUGGUCUUUGCCAUCCUUGCCGUCGUUGCCACUCUUCUCCUGGCCGAGCAGUACAGCUAUCAGAAGAAGAAGGCUCACCUUCCUGGUCCUAAGUGGUGCAUCCCCAUCAUCGGCAAGUUUGCCGACUCGCUCAACCCAUCGCUCGAGAAGUAUCAGGAGGGCUGGAACUCUGGCCCAUUGAGUGUUGCUAGUGUCUUCAACAUCUUCAUUGUUAUCGGCUCAUCGAACGAAUACGCACGCAAGAUUCUCAACAGCCCAACGUACGCUGAGCCAUGUCUCGUUGCUUCGGCCAAGAAGGUGCUCUGCCCUGACAACUGGGUCUUCUUGAACGGCAAGACUCACGUCGACUACCGCAAGGGUCUCAACACCCUCUUCACCCGUAAGGCUCUUGGUAUCUACCUCGGCAUCCAGGAAAACAUCUACAAGCGCUACUUCGAGGAGUGGCUCAAUGACACCAACCCCAACCCUCAGCCAUACAUGAUGAAGUUCCGUGAUCUCAACAUGGAGACUUCGCUUCGCGUCUUCUGCGGCAACUACAUCCCAGACGAGGGUGCUAAGGAGAUCUCGGACAACUACUGGCUCAUCACUGUGGCGCUCGAGCUUGUCAACUUCCCCUUCGCUUUCCCCGGUACCAAGGUCUACAACGCAAUCAAGGCACGAAAGACGGCCAUGAAGUGGUUCGAACUUACGGCCCGCGAGAGCAAGAAGCGCAUGGCAGAGGGCCAGGAGGUUACCUGCUUGACUGAUGCUUGGAUCAAGGCUAUGAUUGACGCUCGUUUGCAGAAGGAGAACGCCGACCUCGAAGCCGAAACUCGACGUGUCUUGGUUCGUCACUUCUCCGACCGCGAGAUUGGCAUGGUGUUGCUCUCGUUCCUUUUCGCCUCGCAGGAUGCUAUGUCUUCUGGUCUCACCUACCUCCUCCAGCACGUUGCCGACCGACCUGACAUCCUUGCCAAGGUUCGCGAAGAGCAGUACCGUAUCCGUGGUGACGACGUCAACACCCCUCUUACCUACGAAGCUAUCGAGCAGAUGGAGUACACCAAGGCCGUUGUCAAGGAAUCGCUCCGUAUCAAGCCUCCUGUCAUCAUGGUGCCUUACCUCAACCACAAGGACUUCCCCAUAGACAAGAACUACACCGUUCCCAAGGGCAGCAUGGUCAUUCCAAGCUUCUGGAACUCGCUUCACGAUGAAAACGUCUAUCCCAAGCCAGACGAGUUCAAGCCUGAGCGAUGGCUCGAGGAAAGCGACCCAGCACAAAAGAACCCCAAGAACUACCUUGUCUUUGGUAGCGGUCCUCACAACUGCAUUGGCCAGCAGUACGCCAACAUGCAUCUUACCGCUGUGUUGGGUACCGCGAGUGUAUUGAUGAACUGGGAGCACGAGGUGACACCACUCAGCGAGAAGGUUGAGGUGAUUGCAACCAUCUUCCCUAAGGAUGGUGCCAGGAUGAAGUUUUCGCGCCGUACGGCUCCUGCUCCUGGUACUGCUCCAGAGGUUGCAGCUCGCGCAUGA